AUGUCAUACGAAUAUCACCGUCGUCAAUACGACCCUCGUCAGGCCACGCGGCAGUUACAUCCUUACCAGCCGGUCCGACCACGACAUGCAACUUGCUGGGACCCUCUGGGCAGCCGCGAUCCACCGGGUAUUCCGCCCUAUGAUCAGCCACCACCCAAGUACAGGCAUGAACCCUACGGUCCGCCGCAUCCUCACCAAAUGGGUUCUAUCCAGACACGCCGCCCCACCUGUUGGGAUCCUCCCGGUACACGACCACUACCGAGUUUCCAACCUUAUGACCUACCACAGUCAAGGAAGCCUUCUUGUUGGGAACCACCGCCCCACCGUGCAUUCCAAGGAUACUCAGAUUAUGAUCUACUGGCGCGGUGUCCGCCUAGUUGCUGGGAUCCGCUCCGACAACAAACCGAUAACUGUUAUCCACCAUCGUCUCUGCCGGAUUCAUACAUCGAGCUGCGAAACUCCUACGCCCGAUAUCGCCCGUGGCAGCCUAAAUAUCACCCUCGUCCAGCCACCAAAGCGGAGGGCCCGAUUAACACAAAGUUAGACCGCUUAUUGGAAGCAUUUGACAGGAUGGAAACUUGGGUCGGUGCCACAAAUCGUCGGGUUAGCAAAUUUCGAUCAUCACCGCAGCCCGAGCCCGAUCUUGAUCAGCCAAAUAUUUCUGCACCGAUCCGAAAGAUGGCAUAUCCUCCAUCGAGAAAUACCAUGGUUUCUUUUGUGCCGUUGGGUUUACCCCUCAACGUCUCAUCGGUUCCACUGCGACAACGCACCAUCGAGUAUACCAAUCGCAAGUCGGAUUUCCAAUCACCACAACGCUCGAGCAUGCCGAGCCACUGCCAUUCAGUAGCGCCACCGCCCGCUGCAGCUGCUGUGCUAUCUUCGAAUCUUCCCCAACCAGCCCCGCCUUGCAACCCCGACGACGAUGGUGGAAAAGAGGGUGGAUUGUUAAAUGAACCGCCCCCACCCAUCGUGAUCUCUUCGCCGUGCAGCCCCUAUAUCAUGGGUGAGGACGAAUCACUGUUAGAUGACAAAUAG